AUGGCUUGUACUGGGAAUGUCCUUGAGGGGCACUCCUCUUCACCUGUAGCUGUAAACGCAGAUGAAAAUAAGAAUGAGAGUCUACCACCCAAUGUGUCUCUGCAGCAUCCCAGUACCAUGCUAAUGGAUGAAGUGAGAUCCUGGGGCCAACCUCGUUUGCCUUUGAGACUUCCCUUCAGUUUGCCACCUGAGCUUGCAAGAGAGCAACUGGAGAACCUCUGGGAGAGAAGAGGAUCCAACAGUCCUGUGGACAGUUCAAGGGCUCUCAAACACCCAGAGCGGCCACCACCUACUGUUGUGAAAAAGUCCCUAGCAAUUGCAGAAGUAAAUAGCUCUGAGGGGCUGGUAGUCUGGAAGCAAAUGGGACAAAAUUCUAUUAAUGUGUUCCCAAAAUUCUCUAGUGAUCCUCCCUCACCGAUGGUAGGGGGAGCAGGGGUCAGCAAUGAGGGCACAGAGAGAGGUGUCAAUAAUGCAAAUUUCCAUGUGGCUUCACCACAAGGUCAAGGGUUCUUUCUACCCAGGGGCCCACAAGUAGGAGGUCCUCCACCUAUCCCCACCAUUAGAUCUGAGAUAAUGACAGAGGUGCCUCCAGGGUAUGUGAGAAUGGCCAGCAAUGAAAGGAUGGCUCAUGUUCCUUUCCCAAUGGGAAGGCCAUGGCUCCCCAUGGAGAAUUGGCCAAGGCCUGUAAUCAUUCCUCCUGGUAUUGCUCCUUUACCUUCCUGGCCUUGUGCUCCUGGCUUCACAUGCCCUCAAUUUUGGGGUUUCAAUCCAUUUCUCAAUACGUCUAUGCAUUUUGCUCCUGCCCCAAUAAAUGGUCCUCCACCUUUUCCCACUUUUGCCAAUUUCCCUCCCAGGAGCAUGCUACCUCCUGCAUCCUUUAUCAGAGAGAACAAAUGA